AUGCCGGUCGAUCUAAGCACAGGUUCCAUUCCAUCGAUCUAUCGUGAUCUAUUCGAAAUGAUUAAUUUGCACGGGAUCGAUAAGUUAACCUUAACUGUAUUCGUACCUCUUUUUGAGUCACCUACGUUAACAAAAGCGAUUCUAAACCAAAUUUGGAAUGCAGUCAUAAAAACCAAUUCUCUCUCCUCACGUAAUGAAUUUUACAAAUGUUUGGCAUUGAUGGCACUUGCUCAGCAGGGAAAGAACGUUGAUGAGAGACUACUGGAUAAUUAUAUGAACCGAGAACUACCUAUCCCAACAAUCGAUUCGAGCAAGGAAUUAGAAGAUCGUCUUCUUCGAAUUUUACGUAACGAACAAGGCAAACAUGCUCUAUGUUUCCGUUAUGGUGAUCUCUGCUCACUAGAUACAAUUCAAGUUGAUUUGGCACCGGACAAGAAAGGUGUCCUUAUACGACAUUUCGAAUACGAAGUAUCAAGCAUGCGUCACAAAAACAAGGUCUUCCGUCGAUAUAAUGACUUUGUUGCUCUUCAUGAAUUACUCAUUUUGAAAUAUCCUUUUCGAAUCAUACCGCAACUUCCACCGAAAAAAACUGUCAAUGUUGACAAAGAAUUUAUUGAAGAACGACGUCGUUCAUUGAAACAUUAUUUGGAAAUCUUAUGUCGCCAUCCGAUUGUAUGCGAAACAGAAAUUAUCAAAUUCUUUUUAACAUUUCAAGGAACAUCAUGUGGAGAUAAUAUGAAAGCAACGUUUAAAAACGCAUUAGACGAGUUCAGUCAAGAACCGCCAACAUCAUCGAGUUCAAUCGAUCGAAUUGAAAGACAUGAAGCUGAUUCGAAUGGUAUUCGAAUGUUUCAGACUAGUCAAACACAUGUUUCCUUUCUUCAUCAACAAUUUCUCCAAAUACGAGACUAUUUGAAAAGUAUCAAUGAACGAAAUUUCAAAACAGCCGAUGAAUAUAGUCGGAUUGAAAAAGCUCUUCAAUUGAUCAGCACCGAUUCUACUCAAGUACAGCGAUGGGCAACCGGUCUAAAUGAUUAUUGGCCAACGAUACAAACUGGGUUAGUAGAAUUACCAAUUGAAAUGAAUGCCGUUUCCGAACGAAUUCGCGAAGAAUGUAUACGUGAAGAUGAAGUGAUUAACGAUCACCUCGACAUGUUAAUUGAAUUACUCCAAGGAUACAAAGAUUUGUGCAAAAGAUUUGAGGAGUCUCUUCAGUUGGAACAACGAGCUAUUCACAAAGCAACAAAUCAAAACCGACGUUCAUUAACAACAAAUGAUUUAUCAUCAAAGAAUGAGAAUAACUUGGAUACGAUCGAAAAACGAAACAAUCAUGCACUGAAAUGUAUACAAAUUGAAACUCAACUAAUCUAUGCAAAUUUAGAAGCUUUUGUGUAUAUCUUAAGUGGAUUAGGGAACAUUCAAUCGAAAGUCUCAGCCGAUCUUCUCAAUGUUUGGAAAUCAUUUUCGAAUAAAAUCUCUCAACUUGGACAAACGUAUAUCAAUAAAUCAUCGAUCCAACGAGCGAAUACCAUUGGUUUCAAAAAUAGUUAA